AUCAUACCACACACACACUAACCUCCAGCCCACAGUUCAUGACCCAGGGCUAAACUACUCAGCGAUUCUGCGGCAGAACUCUGGCUUUUAAACACAAAACCAGGCUUCACCUCAAAGGUUCACUAGGGAAACAGGAGAGAACUAUCACAUUACUGGGGGAAACUUUUAAAUUAAAGAGACCCAAGUUGGAGGGCCUUCAUGUAGGCCUGAGAGAACAAUGGCUGCUUUCUGUCUUCUUGAAACUUCAAAGCUCUGUGCGGUUAAACGAACAGAGUUCUGCUUUGUUGUGGAAAGCCACAGAUGUUGCUCUAGUUCUAGACACCCUUGUAAGCACUUCAAGAGGUAUUCAAUAGCCUCAGCCUCCCACACGCUGCCUCUUAACCGUGUCCUUCGCUCUCACUCCGUCAUAGUGAAUGGAUCGGCAGGUUUCCAUGCUGUUCUUUUUAAAAUCCUUCCUUGUAAUAUCAUUAAACUUUAAACAUCUUAUGAAAUGUUAAAUUCAAAUUUUCACAAAAAUACAAUUAACAAUUGAAUAAAGCCUAUAUACAUAAUAUAAAACUUUAAAGUUUUGUGUUCAAUGUGUUUUAUAUUUGUUUUAUAUGUUUGACAAGGCAAAAGUGAAUUCAAAUCUUGGAUUGUUCUAGAAAAACAGUUCUAGAAGGUUUUAGGAGGUGCUACUUACUUAUAAGCAGUAGCCUUUGUUAUAUGGUUGUUCCAAUUUUUUUAUCUGGCGUGACCUUUUUUUUUAAACGUAGAGGAAUUUGGGUGUUUAAGCAAAAGUUCAUCGAUUUAUGAUACAGGAAAUCUUUUAUUUGAGUUAUAACCCUAUUGUGCAACUUUUCCAAUUUUGCUACAGUGGGGUAACUUUAUCCAACUAAUAUGCAGUACCCAAAGAAAAUAAUUAUACAUUUCUAUACAUAAGCCACAAUUACUGUAUGUUUUUAGUGGCAUAUACCCUAUCUUUUUAUUAUUUCUUUGAUCCAUUCACUUAAUCCAGAUUAAUUAAUUGCACCUCCUUCAACGCUCCCCAUCUCACCCUCCAAAUAAUCAAUUCUUUUAUUAUCCAAAGCAGCAAACACUCAAAGGAUUUGAGCUCUUUCGUUAUUCUUUGAUGAUUGGGCAGCGGUAAUCUUCAAAGGCAAAACUCUUCAUUCUGACUGGCUGGAGUUGUGAUCAAACUCAAUGAAAUGAUGCCAGUGUGUUCACUUUGCUACAAGAUUAUCCCGUGAGUUGUUGCGCGGCAUUAAAGAGGCGCACCGGUGCGCAAACACAGUUAUAAGGAUUCUAUAUCGAGAAGUCUUCAUUGGUGUGGCAUAACUGCGGUUGCCAUAAUGCGCAAUGACCCACUGCAAGCUUUCCUUCAGGAUCGGACUCCAAACUCCACCCCAGAAUCCAUCAAAGGAUCCCCCUUGAUGUUACUCGAAGACACCUGUAAUCGCAUUGGCCAUUCCCGUGCAUCCGGAUCCAUGGAGCACCAGCAGCACGUCCCAUAUGAAGGUUCCCCACCUAAGCUCUUCCAUCCCUGGAGAAGUGAUGGUUCCACACAUGCAACUUUUUCCUCUGAUUGUGGCGUGAGGCUGGCGCAGCACAUCCAGACCUCGUUAAAUCCACACCACGAAAUGCCACUGACACCUCCGGCGGAGCACUAUGACUUCUCACCCCUGAAGAUGUUGCCUUGUCCAUCAGCAUGCUCCUCCUCAUACGCUUCUCUUCCCACGUCCAUUUCAACUUACGUACCCACGCACAGUGGACUUGUGCAUCAUCCGCAGAGACAUUUGGCACGGGAGGAUAUACAAUGGUGGACCCUACAAGACGCCGGCGCUGCCAAUCACUCCUCAACACAUCAUUUUCAGAUCCCCCGCGGGUGGGUUCUGGGUCACCCAGAGUUCGGCCAGUAUCAGUCCCAAAUCGCCACCCUGCUGCACUCCAAGUCGAGGAAAUGCCGGAGAUGCAUGUGCCCCAACUGCCAGAAGACCACCGACGCGCCGGGAAAGAGAAAGCAGCACGUGUGCCACAUGCCGGGCUGCGGGAAGGUGUAUGGCAAGACGUCGCACCUGAAGGCGCAUCUGAGGUGGCACGCAGGCGAACGCCCGUUCGUUUGCAGCUGGAUGUUCUGCGGGAAGAGCUUCACGCGCUCUGACGAGCUCCAGAGGCACCUGCGCACGCACACCGGUGAAAAGCGCUUCACGUGCCCGGACUGCUCCAAACGCUUCAUGCGCAGUGACCAUCUCGCCAAACACCUGAAGACGCACCUGAUGAGGAAGAACAGACCACUAUAUCCCAUGCUGGAUCACAUGAACAAAACUUUUGAACAUAAGUCUUAGACUGUCUACUUUUUGUGAGCACUUCAUGAAGUUUGGGAGAGUGGAGCUUGUUGUCACAACUGCUAUACUAUUUCAGUAAAUAUACAAUUUUGGGGCUAAAGUUACACCAAGGUUUAUUUUUUUUAGCAGUGUUUUUAAUUCAAGUUGAAUUCAAACACAGAUCGGGGAAAGUUGUCACAUUUGUGUUUAAAUGUUACAAUACAAUAAAUACAAUACAAUAAAUAUUUACUAAUUUAUUAAUUACAAAAUUUGAUGGCUAAAACAGUAAGUUGAUGUAUGUUACCCCCUUGAUGUAUGUUACCUUGUACAUUUCUGCUGUUUCAUCAAUUGUUUCAGAAUUGUUUAAAUAUAGCAGAAAAGCAUGGCAGGAUCCACUGAGACAUCUUACCCCAUAUAGUGUGACAACAUGCUCAAAACAUGUCAGGACUUUAAGGUAAUUGUCUAUACAGACCCUAAGAAAUAUUAAAGUAAUGUGUGGAAACUAGCGAAAGUUUCCCCUAUGCAAUGUGAUGUCAUUGUACAGGCAAAAACUUCAGCUAAGUAAAAGUGUUCAUUUGUAUUUACCUUCUUUAAAAAAAAAAAAAAAAAAAAAAAAAACUUACAUGUUU